CACUAGUGCUUGUCGUCGCGUUACCAACGUAGCGACCGGUGCUGUAGUGGAGUUUGACGUGGCACUCUGCUUCCACUGAGGGCAAUAGACAGUGAAGAGGACUCUGCCCGAUAUUCAGGUUGUCAAAACUCAUUCAUCCUGGCAUGAGAAGACAGUAACAUCCCAUCAGAAUGAGUCAACAGGGUUAUGUUGCUGCACCCCCAUACUCCCAGGGCCAGCCAGGGAUGGGGGGCUACCAAGGUGGAUUUGGUACCGGUCCUGCUCAGCCUCUCUAUGGGCACUAUGGGGGACCACCUCAAGCAUUCAGUGCUCCACCAGCAGGUAUGAUGAAAUCACCAGUUUCCGCUGCUGCCGGUAUGCCUCCACCUCCAGUGUCCACUCAGUACAAUCCAAAUGUCCAGCAGAAUGGCGCACAUCCACAAAGAUAUCCUGCUCCACCAGCUGUUUCUGCAUCUUAUGGACGACCUCCACAGUCCCAGUACAACAAUAUGGCUUCUCCGGCCCCGCCUCCAACGCAGCAGCUCACCAAUCAGAUGAGUGCUAUGAACAUGGGCAACUACGCUCCAGGUCCCAUGCAGAGCCCUCCUCCUGCAAUGGGCCAGAUGCCUCCAGGCCCGCAGUCACCUCACAUGUCUCCCCAGAUGUCUCCACCACAGUCACCCCCAGCAAGCAUGUCAAUGGCAGGCCCACAGAUGGCAGGCCCGCCAAUGGCAGGCCCACCGAUGUCAAGCCCACCGAUGGCAGGCCCACCAAUGUCAAGCCCACCGAUGGCUGGUCCACCUAUGGGAGGCCCACCUAUGGCAGGCAUGGGUAGACCCUUCCCUGGGCCUCCGGGCCCUGGAGGUUUCCAGCAGCCUGGUCCUGGAGCUGCUGGUCCACCAGGAUACCCACAGCAAGGAGGUCAGUUCGGGGGACACAUGGCUGGGCCCCAGCCAGGCAUGCCAGGAGCCUUCCCUGGAGCACCAGGAGGACUGGCGGGACCACCUCAGAAGAAACUGGACCCUGACUCUAUCCCCAGCAUAACUCAAGUCAUUGAGGAUGACCGAGUCAAACAAGGGGGACAGGUCUACAGCACAAACAUCAGAGGACAAGUUCCACCUCUGGUCACCACCGACUUCACAGCAGAGGACCAAGGCAAUGCCAGUCCCAGGUUCAUGCGCUGCACCACCUACUCCCUACCCUGCACUGCCGAUCUGGCCAAACAGUGCCAAGUGCCCCUGGCUUCCAUCAUUAAACCCUUUGCCAGUUUGCCAAAGAAUGAGACUCCUCUAUACGUUGUGAACCACGGCGAGACAGGCCCAAUCCGCUGCAAUCGAUGCAAGGCCUACAUGUGUCCCUACAUGCAGUUUAUUGAUGGGGGUCGUCGCUACCAGUGUGGCUUCUGUAGCUGCACCAGUGAAGUGCCAGUCAACUAUUUCCAACACCUUGACCACAUGGGCCGGAGGGUGGACUUCUAUGAGAAGCCCGAGCUGUCACUGGGAUCCUACGAGUUCGUAGCCACCCUUGACUACUGCAAGAACAACAAGCCUCCGAACCCUCCCGCCUACAUCUUUAUGAUUGACGUGUCCUACAACAACAUCAAAAGCGGACUGGUCAAACUGAUCUGUGAUGAGCUGAAGACUCUGCUGGAGAAUCUGCCCAGAGAGGACGGUAUGGAGAGCUCUGCCGUCAAGGUUGGCUUUGUCACCUACAACAAGGUCCUCCACUUCUACAAUGUGAAGAGCGCUUUGGCCCAGCCCCAGAUGAUGGUGGUUUCAGACACAGCCGAGAUGUUUGUCCCGCUGCUUGAUGGCUUCCUCGUCAACUAUCAGGACUCCAGGGCUGUUAUCUACAACCUUCUGGACCAGAUCCCUGAUAUGUUUGCAGACACCAAUGAGAGUGAAACGGUCUUUGCUCCUGUCAUCCAGGCCGGCAUGGAGGCAUUCAAGGCAGCAGAAUGCAGUGGGAAGCUCUUCAUCUUCCACUCCUCCAUGCCCACUGCCGAGGCCCCUGGCAAACUCAAGAACAGGGAUGACAAAAAGCUGGUCAACACAGAGAAAGAGAAAACCCUGUUCCAGCCUCAGAAAGGAGUGUACGAGCAGCUGUCUAAGGACUGUGUGGCGCAGGGCUGCUGUGUGGAUCUCUUCCUCUUUCCUAGCCAGUAUGUAGACGUUGCAACCAUGGCUGACGUGCCCUCGCACACCGGAGGCUCCGUCUACAAGUACAACAACUUCCAGGUGGAGACUGACGGGGAGCAUUUCCUGAGAGACCUGAGAAAAGACGUGCAGAAGAGCAUCGGAUUUGAUGCAGUCAUGCGCGUUCGUACCAGUACAGGUUUCAGAGCCACCGAGUUCUUUGGUGCCAUCCAUAUGAACAACACCACAGAUAUAGAGAUGGCAGCUGUGGAUUGCGACAAGGCUGUGACUGUAGAGUUCAAGCACGACGACACGCUCAGUGAGGAGACUGGGGCACUCAUACAGUGUGCCUUGCUGUACACCACCAUCAGUGGACAGCGACGCCUCCGCAUCCACAACCUCAGUCUGAACUGCAGCUCGCAGUUGUCGGAGCUGUACAAGAGCUGCGAGACCGACUCACUCGUCAACUUCUUCGCCAAAUCAGCCUGCCGCGCCAUACUGAACCAGCCUCUAAAGAAUGUGAGAGAGAUCCUGGUCAACCAGACGGCCCACAUGCUGGCCUGCUACAGGAAGAACUGUGCCAGCCCCUCUGCUGCCAGCCAGCUGAUCCUGCCUGAUGCCAUGAAGGUGUUCCCCGUCUACAUGAACAGCCUGAUGAAAGUUGCUCCCUUGGUCGGCAGCACAGAGCUCGCAACAGAUGACAGAGCCCAUCAAAGGCUGUCCAUCAUGGGCAUGGGGGUGGAGGACACACAGCUGCUGCUCUACCCACGCCUCACCCCACUGCACAACAUUGAUGUCGGCAGCGAGGCUCUGCCCGCUCAAGUGCGCUGCUCAGAGGAGCGUCUGACAGACUCCGGCAUGUUCCUGCUGGAGAACGGACACUCUAUGUUUCUGUGGCUGGGCCAAGCGAGCCCUCCGGAACUCAUCCAGAGCAUAUUUAACCUGCCCUCCCUCGCCCACCUGCAAGGACACAUGUGUGCGCUGCCAGAACUAGACAACCCGUUGUCCAAAAAGGUCCGAUCCAUCAUCAGCAGCCUGCUUGAAAAGAGGCCGAACUCUAUGAAGCUCCAAAUCGUGAGGCAGAAGGACAAACCAGAGAUGCUGUUCCGUCAGUUCCUGGUGGAGGAUAAAGGCCUGCACGGUGGCGCUUCCUACAUGGACUUCCUUUGCUACGUUCACCGAGAGAUCAGGCAGCUCCUCACUUAACCCCCCACCCCCACCCCCCACAAUCACUUGGCCUCAGUGUGCCCGCCAUCACUGGCCUGGGAGAAACACGCCAUCUAAUGGACCACGCACAAACCUCACAGUCUCAGUCGGCUCCAUUUGAAUCUUAAGGAUGGUCCACAGAAAGACACUUUUUAGGUGUAUCACAAAGACAGAGGAAGAAACCAGGAAACAAGAGGAGCCUUCUGAGAUCUGAGAAUCCAAAGCUGCCUUUCCAAAAUGCUUCUGUCACCCUUUAAUGUGUACACACAGUAUGAUCUUCAAAUAACCACUUGUCACUUUAGGAACUUGUAAGUUAUACAUGGACAACACAGCCAGCAUUUCCCGCACAGGUGCUCUGUGUGAUGGACCCCAGAGACUGGAGUGACAUCAGCGUCUGAGGCUGAAAGGUAUUUUGGCAUUAAGCCCAUGGGCAUAAGCAAUACAUAUAUCUCCACGGUGCAGUCAAUUUAGAUUUACAUUUCAAUUUGUAGAUUUCCAAGAACAAGACAAGGGGUUAUUUGUGGGCAAUACUGUCGACGUUCACUCUGAAACUCAAUAAAGUUCGCCAGUCUUUGCUGUAAACGACUUUCUCCCACGAAGACUGAAUACGUAACAAGUCUCAGCAACUCAUCUUAAAAUCUUAAGUUUCUUUUUUAAACAGCAAAUGCUCAAAUACAUUUUUAAAUAUUUAAACGACUUUUAGAGGCUUCUGCGUUUUAUCACACUUUUGCUGCCCGAGUGGAAAAUGUACUUAAGUAAACACACACACGUAGCGUAUCCACGGUACCAGGUUAUUCAUAAUUUAGCAGAAACAAUGCUGCUGCUGCCAGGACUGAAAAUUAUCCCUGUCAUUACACCAUGAGUGAUGCAAAGCAGUCGGUUCACACCAGGAAAAAAAAAAAAAAAAAAAAAAAAAAAUCAGAUUCUUUGACCAUUUAUAGCAGAGACUUGAUCUUCGCAGCGUGCGGUGACGCAGAAAACGUUUUGUUUUGGUGUUCUGAGAUUACAAUGAAAUGAACACAGCUGUUGCUCUACGUGAGGAGCAAACUCGUGUGUGGAUGAAAAAUGAGAUUUAUUCAACACUGCACGAAUCAGAAUUUGGACUAAAAAAGGGAUGGUGAAGGGAAUGGACUGGCGAUGGUGCCGAGAGGCAUCAAAGGGAGUAAAUAGAGACCAAAUAUCAAGCCUUUCACUAAAACUGUCGCACAACAAUCAAUAACAACGCCAUAUUAUUAUGAACAAGGUGCCAGCUGACAAAUCUGACCUGUGCCAAAGUGUCAGGACAAUAAAAUCAUCAGUUACUAUUGGACCAUCUGAAUUUUGUCAACAGAUUGUGUAAAAAAAAAAAAAAGCUCACUGUCACGCUAAUAAUCUGCAAGGUGACGUAACUUUUCAGUCCUGGUUUCAGCACAGCAAAAGCAUCAUACUGUAUCAUGUUGCUUAUUUUUAUCGAGGUAAUCGCCUCUGUGUAAUUGACGUUAUGCAUCUGAUAAAUAUUUUUGUGUAUGUGUGGCCUACACAAAGUCUUUUUGUACAUGAAAUACACAGCUUGUGUUUUCAAAAUAUGACCAUCUGCCUUAAGUUGAUAUAAUAGUUGUUAUAUGUCAAGUAUAUAUGUCAAGUAUGUGUCCUCGAGGUCUAUGGCUGACUUUUAUCUUUUUUGGUUUGUAUGCAAACUUAUCUCAGGUAAUUUGAGUACCUUACUAUUUUAAGUUGGAAGAAGUGAUUUCAAGUGAACUGGAAAUAUGGACGGUUGUUUCUUGAGUUGACUCGUGGACAGUCUUGGCGUGCCAUGUAUAUUUUAUUCCAAACCCUCAACAAAUUAAAUUCUUGACAUAA